AUGGGCAAGAGGAGGUGUGUGCGACCUGGAAGCUCCCAACGUCCUCUACUCUCCCACUCUCCCACUCACCCUGUCUCUCAGGCCACCAACCACCAUCCAUCUCUCCACCGCCAACAACAUGCCAUGAUGCCUGCAGCUCAGCGCUCCAUCGCAUACUACACGGGACUUGAUAUCUCCAUUGAUGCCGCUGCCAAGAAUCUCAAGAUCGUACCAUCUGUCGUCUCACCAACAGAAGUACAGUUGUCAGUUGUCAAGUAUGGUAAUAAUAACGAUAACGACCACGAGCACCCUGGUCAUCACUUUGUGCCGCGUCACGGACUCACGGCUACCUCCUAG